UGCCGCGCACACCACUGAACACACGGGGAACGGGAGGGCUUUUCCACUAAUCAGCACUUGGACUGAGCAGAAGCGCUUCACUCACACACCCAUGCAUUCUCUGGAGAACAUCGGCGCUCAUGGAGACCUAGACGGGAGGAAAUAGUACAUUCCGCUGAGGGUUUUCUUUUGCACAAAUUACGCACCGGAGCACCAUCAUCUCCGAAUGAUCAACCAUGGGGGAGUGGACCAUAUUAGAGCGUCUCUUGGAGGCGGCUGUCCAGCAGCACUCCACUAUGAUCGGGAGGAUCCUGCUGACAGUGGUGGUGAUCUUCCGGAUUUUGAUCGUGGCGAUAGUGGGAGAGACCGUCUAUGACGACGAGCAGUCCAUGUUCGUGUGUAACACCUUACAGCCGGGCUGCAACCAGGCCUGCUACGACAAGGCGUUCCCCAUCUCCCACAUCAGAUACUGGGUGUUUCAGAUCAUCAUGGUGUGCUGCCCCAGCCUCUGCUUCAUCACCUACUCCGUGCAUCAGUCAGCCAAGCAGAAGGAGCGGAGGUACUCCACCGUGUACCUCUCCCUGGACAAGGACCAGGACUCCAUGAAGAGAGACGACAGCAAAAAGAUCAAGAACACCAUCGUGAACGGAGUACUGCAAAACACAGAGAACUCCACCAAGGAGGCAGAGCCCGACUGCCUGGAGGUGAAGGACAUCCCGAGCUCGGCCAUCCGAACUACAAAGUCCAAAAUGAGGCGGCAGGAGGGCAUCUCCAGGUUCUACAUCAUCCAAGUGGUUUUCAGAAACGCGCUAGAGAUAGGGUUUCUGGUCGGUCAGUAUUUCCUGUACGGAUUCAAUGUCCCAGCGGUGUAUGAGUGCGAUCGAUACCCUUGCAUAAAAGAUGUAGAGUGCUACGUUUCGAGGCCGACCGAGAAGACUGUGUUUCUGGUUUUCAUGUUUGCGGUCAGUGGCAUCUGCGUGGUGCUGAACUUGGCGGAGCUCAACCAUCUCGGCUGGAGGAAGAUCAAAACUGCUGUGAGGGGCGUGCAGGCCAGGAGGAAGUCGAUCUACGAGAUCCGAAACAAAGACUUGCCCAGGAUGAGCAUGCCCAAUUUCGGCCGCACUCAGUCCAGUGACUCUGCCUACGUGUGACUGUCUGUCCUGAGGCUGGAGUCUGCAGGACAAACAUGUACAAAGGAUUUAUUCAGAAUGUGGUGCAUUGCAAAACCAUUCAGCAUGACAAGUCAUUUAACAGUAUUUCAUUUUAAAAUGUUUAAGUUCAUUUAGAGCCCCGUAUCACUGUGUUCACAGUCUCAAAGGGCUUUAGGUGCCCACAUGUAUACAACAGACAAAACAGGAUGACACCCCCUGACUUUAUCCUCAUAGAAGGCAAGAAAGAACUGGGGGGAAAAAUGGAAGAAGAGAGGAGACCAAGUCCUGGCCAGACAGGUGUAAAAUAGUCGCCAACCCAGUCGGGAAAAUCACCAAAGCAAUUCAGUCAUAUUGCAAAAGAAAAAGCACACUAGCAGGCAAAAUAAGGACAGCAAAGACAGCAGGGGGCCUCGGCAGCCACAAAGCCGCUGCAACAGACAGAA